CGAUAAUUUAGACUAGAAAUUGGAAAUUUAUACCUUUGUGAGAAAAUUAAUGGAUAGAUUUACACACCUAUAACACAAUUAAGUCCAUCGUUUCCUCUGAAAACGAAAUGUAUGUUAAAAAGUAAUUUAUUAAGAAUUAUUUGUACAAUAAAUUGUGAUUUAAAAAAAUAUGAUAGUCACUGCAGAAAUGUCUGCUAAAGAAUUUAUUAAUGACUAUAAGGAGAAUUACGGUAAAGUUAGAAAAUUACUCGACGAAGACAGUAAAAAUGAUCCGGAAAAUGAACCAUAUUCGUCAAAAUAUAAGGCUAGAGAUAUAUUAAACAAUAUGCGCGAUGCGUUGAGUAAUGUUUCUGAAUCUGAAACAAAUUUGAACAAAGUUAAACUCGAUGCAAUGUUGGGGGUAGUACUUUUAAACAUAGGAAUUAUAGACAUGGAAACAGAGGAGCUGACUGCUAGUGAGAAAGUAUUGAAAGAAGCAGAAGAUCUUCUGAUUCCAAAUUCUCUAAAGCCGGAAAUCGUAACAACUCUCAUUAACAUUGAAAAUAAUCUCGGCAUAUUGUGGUCCAAUCGUGAUGAACCAGAAGAAGCUAAACUUUUUUUACUCAAAGCAAAAACAUUUUAUGAAGACUUUAAAUGCACAUUACAAAUGCCUUUAUCAAUAGAACAAAUAAUAAGUAAUACUGGUGAAGCUGUUACAGGAGAAUUUAUGUUUUUAGAAAAAGCUCAUACAUUGUCUCUCUAUUAUUUAGCCCAAGUAUAUGGAUCAUUGAAGGAAAAUUUGAAAUCAGCAAUAUAUUGUCAUGUUACAUUAAGAAGACAGCUACAGUACUCGGACUAUGAAUCAAUUGAAUGGGCUUUAAAUUCAGCUACCUUAUCUCAGUUCUUUGCUGAGCAAAAUGGGUUUUUUCAAUCAAGACACCAUCUUUCCGCAGCUUCAACCAUACUGGAACAGUAUGAAGCAACAUUAAUGGAGUCAGAAAGUGCUGAUGAUAUUUUUUUGGCUAAAAAAGAAAUUUUUAAACAUAGAUCAGCAGAUGUAGCCAGGUGUUGGGCUAAAUACUGUCUUUUGCUUAUGACUGCUUCCAAAGCAAGACUUAUGAAUGAUGGAGAAGAGAUUAGUGAUGCAAUUACAGAUAUGUCUAACUUGGAGCUGGAAGACAAUGAGAACAUUUGUGGUGGUGAUAUAAAAAAGUUAAUAUUCUCAGAUCUCGAUGUUACCAAAUAUGAAAAGAAAAUUGGUGACAAAUUCUUGCUGACAUACCAAGAUGCAAGAGAAGUGUUUUUAUGUUGCCAGAGUUGGUUGAACAAAGCCAAAGAAUAUUAUAAAUUAGACACUUUAGCUUCAGACUAUAUUGAGCUGGUGCAAGACAGUUCCCAAUCAUAUUGUUAUCUCGCAUUCUUCGAAGAAGAUGAUGAGAGGCGGGCAAAAAUGCAUAAACGUAGGGUGGAUAUGCUUGAAGAUUUGAUCAAAGAAAUCAACCCAACUUAUUAUCUCCAGUAUUGCCGUCAACUGUGGUACGAACUAGGCGAAGUUUAUUCAGAGAUACUAAAUAUUAAAUUAGACAAACUCAAUAAAACAAAGGAAAAACCCUCACCACAUAUUUUAAAAAAGAUUAACAUGUUAUGUGAAAAGAGCAUUGAAAAUUAUGAUCACUUCCUGAAUUCAGUCAAAGAUAAAAAUGGAAUAAUGCCAGUUAAAUUAGAAUUUGAUGUUAUUAGGCCGGUGAUAAGUGCAUAUGCUUUCAUUGGUAGGAAUAGCAUGAAAAGAAUUGCCAUUGAUAAAAAUGUUCAAUUGACACAUGUUAGGAAAAGUUAUGAUUCAUAUCAGGCUGUUGUUGAUAUUUGUAAAAAUGACCCCGAAGCUGCUAAGAUGAUGAAAGAAGAGUACAGCUUAUGUCAAGAAAUGGUAAAUAUCUUACCAUUGAAGAUUAAAAAACUGGAAAAUGAACUGGUGGGAUUUGUUGGAUAGAAAAAAGUUAAGGUGCAACAAGCAAAGAUAAAAAAUGGUAUCAAUGAUUUUGAAACUUCAUAAUUAACCCAAACAUAAAUAAUGCACCUUUUGUAUCAUGUACGUAAUGUAAACAAUUGGAAAAAAAUCUUUUAAAAAAAUAAUGUAAUACAUUUAAUAGCCUACUUUUUUUAUUGAAGUGAAAAUAUAGAAACUAAUCAGAAUUAAGGCAGGAUCAGAUUUAUAUAUUCUAAUGUAUUGUGAAAUGUCACGUGAAUUUUGCAUGUGCCGCUCUCAUCGGCUGCUAAUCUUAAAACCAUCUACCUACCAAAGGCUUUUCAGUUAUUAAAUAGACAAAAGCAGCACCCGUUAUCGCGACCUUUCUGUUCUAGGCAGCAGCUUGCAACAAGUGCGUUGAACAGCUCUGGGUGCAAGAUUCGCGAUACAUAUUCGUGCUGAAUUCGUGUGGCGUUCUCACUAUUCGCGUUAGAAUAUAUAAAUCUGGACCCGCCAUUAAGUCUGAAAUAACCUGUAGAACCUGUAUACUACUUGGAUGAAAAAAUAUUAACUAACUGCUUUAGUAGCUAACUUAUAUGGUUGCAGACCCUGUGAUCCCUAUUUUAACCCAGGUUCCAGUUAACAAAAAGUAAUUCGGGGAUUAUUCUAUAGCAGCCCAUAAUUUGGAACUUGGUAGUGUGAACACUUCUCAUGUGUGAGUGAGUGGUGGAAUCGAGAGUGCACCUGUGUUUGCUGACAUAUUCUUGCAUUUUAUUAUCUCCUGCGCAGUUGCUUAGUCUCCGUUGAGAUUAUUUCGCCGUGAGCAAAAUCGGCCUGGAGAACAGCAAAGCAUGCGAUUUCAGAUUAUAAUUUACAAUAUAUACAAUUUUAUCAUACAAAUUGUUUGUAAAUGUAGCUGAUGCUUUAUUAAAAUGUUUUCAUUGUCUUAAUUAUAUAGAGAUUGUAAAAUAAAAGCUUACAAGGUU